AUGCCAGAAGGCUACGUGGCAUUGCCCCAAGAUGAGGAUCCUGGGCAGACCUCUAAGCCUACCUCAUUUAUCGAUCGCGCAAAACAAUGGUGGCAUCACCAAAACAAUGACGAACGAGCUCCACUUUUGGAUAGAAAGCGCAUGACAUUGCAACCACCCAAGCGAAAGACGCUCAAGGUGAUCAUUGUUACGGUAGUCAUUAUACUUGCGUUGUUGGCUGUUGGUGUUGUACUCGCAUUGUGGAUCGAUAAGGAUGAUAACAAUCAAGCUGGCAAGCAACGACCACUCAGUGAAACGGAGCAGCUGAUGCUUGACUUCCCAUCCAAGGACAAUAUCCGCGACUACUUGAAAUAUUAUACAUCCGAGGCUCAUUUGGCUGGCACUGAAGCUGAUAAGCGACGAGCUGAAUGGACACGUGACAAGUUUAUCGAAUUUGGCAUCAGUGAUUCGACCAUUGAGACCUAUUAUCCAUUGCUUAACUACCCAGUCAGUCGUCGUUUUGGUAUCGUUUCCGGUCCCAAAGAAUUCCAAUACGAAGCCGAGUUGCGCGAAGAUCCUGUUGAGGAAGAUCCCACCAGCCACGAUCCUGAUGUUGUACCCACUUUCCAUGGCUAUUCCAAAAAUGGCACUGCUCUUGGCCGUGUUGUUUAUGCCAACUAUGGCCGUGUUGAGGAUUUCCAAUUCCUAGUAGAUCACGGCAUCGAUUUGAAUGGCACCAUUGCAUUGAUGCGCUAUGGUGGUGCAUUCCGUGGACUUAAAGUACGAGCUGCUCAAGUAUUUGGUUGCGCUGGUGCAUUGAUUUACUCCGAUCCCAUUGAUGAUGGCCCAAUUGACAAAGAAGGCUAUCCCCAUGUCAACCCUGCCAAGGGAUACCCCGAAGGCCCAUGGCGAUCACCUAGCUCAGCACAACGUGGAUCGGUUCAAUUCUUGUCAUUGACAGCAGGUGAUCCAUUGACUCCUGGUUACGCUGCUACCAAGGAUGCACCUCGUCUCAACCCUGAAGAUGUUGAAGGUCUUGCCAAAAUUCCAUCACUCCCAUUGUCUUAUCGUGAUGCAUUGCCCCUUCUUAAAGCUAUGGAAGGUCAUGGUGUGCGUGGUGAACACGAUUGGGCUGGUGGUCUUGAAGAAGUUAGCUACUUUUCAGGUCCUACUGAAGGCGAUGCUUACCUUGAAAACAUUGUGGACAACAAGAUCACUCCUAUUUGGAACACUAUUGGUGUCAUUGAAGGAUCCGAGGAUCCCGAUCGUGUUAUUGUGCUUGGCAAUCACCGGGAUGCGUGGGUUUAUGGUGCUGUCGAUCCCAACUCUGGAUCUUCAUCCAUGAUUGAACUUGCUCGUAGCUUUGGUGAGCUUCUUAAGACUGGCUGGAGACCAGCUCGCACCAUUAUCCUUGCUUCAUGGGAUGCAGAGGAAUAUGGUCUUGUUGGUAGUACCGAAUGGGUUGAGGAUCACGAUUGGCUCAAGGAUAAGGCUGUUACCUACAUCAAUGUUGAUACGGCUGUGUCUGGUCCUCAUUUUGUUAUUCAAGCAUCUCCUUCUUUGAACCAACUUAUUUAUGAAGUUACCAGCUUGGUGCAAGAUCCUCGUACCGGUGGUAGUGUUUAUGAUGCAUGGGCAGAGCUCACCAAUCGUACACUUACCCCAUCGCCUAAACCAUACAUUGGACAGCUUGGAUCAGGCUCUGAUUUUGUUCCCUUCCUUGAUCACUUGGGUAUCAGCUCAAUCUCACUUGCAUUCACAGGUGAUUAUGGCGUAUAUCAUUCCAACUAUGACAGUUUCCACUGGAUGGAAAAGUUUGGCGACCCUGGUUUCCAUUAUCAUGCAACGAUGACCAAGAUUUGGGGUUUGUUGGCAUUGCGUUUGGCUGACAGCCCUAUUUUGCCUUUGCACCCAGUCGACUAUGCUGAUGCUCUUGACGACUAUGUGGACUACCUUGUUGAAUUUACAACAUCCUUGUCAACGGAUGGAGCUGACAGCAGCCGAUCAUUCCCAUUGUUGCGUAAAGCUGUCCACAAGCUUAAAAAGAUUGCCGUCAAGUUUGAAAAGAAUUUGCAAUCCCUUGAAAGCCAAGUCUACAGCUACUCGCAUCUUGCCAAUGUACCAAAGUCGCUCACUUCCAGCUUGCGUAAAGUCAACGACCGAUUGGCAUUCUUUGAACGUGGUUUGAUUGAUCCUGAAGGUAUCCAAAACCGUGAAUGGUUCAAGCACAUUGCCUAUGCACCCGGCUUGUGGACAGGCUAUUCCUCACAAGUGUUCCCAGCCAUCACUGACGCUCUUGAAGAUAAUGAUGAAGAGCUUGUCAAGCAUAAGGAGGAGCGUGCAGCUCAAUGCAUUCGUGGAGCAGCUGAUAGUUUAAGGUGA